AGCUAGCCGGUGAAUCAACCUAAUUCUGGGAGUGUAGAGAUUGUAAGUGGUCCCUUGCUGCUCAGAGGCCAGAGGCAUUUUUACAUUUUCCUGUUCCUUUUUAAGUCCAUAAAAUAGUUCUCCUGUGAAAAUAAUAUUCAAGUGUUUAAUCCCCAGAAAAUAUGUAUUAUAGUCUCUCCUGAAGAAAGAGAGAAGAUGUAAGGUAGUUUUGACAAUAUGGUAAUGUUAUAUAGAACAGGACUGGACAGGUAUAGAUUAUUGGAUGGGAGCACAUUCUGCCCUCUGUAGUGUGGGAAGGAGGGUCAUCAAAAAUGACCAAGUUUCAUAAUAAAUUUGAUGCCAUUGGAGCCUCUGUGGUCAGGCAUAGCAUGGUGUACACAUAAAAAGGUAAAGGACCCCUGACAGUUAAGUCCAGUCAUAGACGACUCUGGGGUUGUGGCACUCAUCUCAGUUUACAGGCCGAGGGAGCCGGUGUUUGUCCACAGACAGUUUUUCUGGGUCAUGUGGCCAGCAUGACUAAGCCGCUUCUGGCAUAACAGAACACCCAAACCAGAGCAGCGCAAGGAAACACCAUUUACCUUCCCGCUGGAGCGGUACCUAUUUAUCUACUUGUACUUUUUGGCAUGCUUUUGAACUGCUAGGUUGGCAGGAGCUGGGACCGAGCAACGGGAGCUCACUCCGUCGCGGAGAUUUGAACUGCUGACCUUCUGAUCAGCAAACCCAAGAGGCUCAGUGGUUUAGACCACAGCACCACCCGCAUCCCCUAAAAAUAAAAAUAUUUACAUAUUACAAACUUGCUACAUUCAAAUUUGAAAGAUGGAUGUAACAGCAAAGUCGCUUACCACCUGAAAAAUGUCUUUAAUUCAAAAAGAGUAGGGCCACUGGGAACCACAGAAAAUUGCCUUGGGGUGUGGACUUGAUUUCCAAGUUAGUAAUCCUUGGUGUUAGAAUUAACAACUUCAGUAGUAAGAUAUGCACAAGAUUUUUGUCGUCUAUAAAUAAUAGGGCUAGAAACAGAUGACUUCAUCUUACACUGUUUUCAGUGCAGAUGGCUUAGAUCCUGGUAAAUUUGAGUAUUUCUAGAUAUCGCUUUAUCAUUUGCAUAGUAAGUCUCAAUAGCUCAGUGUUUCUGUUGAAGGUGUAGCUUAAGAGGCAGACCUUUGGUAAACAUAUUCUAGUUUCAUGAGUUAAGGUUGAAAUAUUUAAUCAGUAUUUACCAAAGAAUUGCUCUGUGGAUUAUUUUAGAUCUCUGACGAUAGUACUUUAUGGAAUUAUUUACUGUUGAAAGGGUGUUUCUCAGGCAUCCCCAAACUUCGGCCCUCCAGAUGUUUUGGACUACAAUUCCCAUCAUCCCUGACCACUGGUCCUGUUAGCUGGGGAUCAUGGGAGUUGUAGGCAAAAACAUCUGGAGGGCCACAGUUUGGGGUGCCUGGUGUUUCUGUACAGUUUACUAUGAAUGCAUAUCCAACUUGCAACUCAGAAUCAUCCAUUCUGACACAUUUCAGGAACAGUCAAGCUGAAGAAAAGAUGGAUUAUGGUUAUUCAUCACUGAGUAAAGAAAUGGGAAGGAAAAGGAAAAGGAGAUUGAGAUUGUUUGUAGAAAGAUUUUGUUCUCUUGGAAAGUUGUUUUACUGGUAGAUAAUUUAACACCCAAUCUUUGCCUUUGUUCAUGGCUGGCUGGUUGAUAACCCAUGUUCAACAUAAUCUGCUUUAAUGUACUUCAGUUUUUCAAAACAUUUGGUCCCAAUUGUUUGCUUAUAUGAACAGGUGAAUGUGAUGAAAAUUUGAUGUUCUUUCAUUAGGCAACAACUAGAAUUUUGAGACAGAAAUGCUACAAUGAUGUCAAUGGAUUUUUCUUUUCCCCAAAAAAGUUUUACAUGAAAUACAAGAUUGAGCAAAGCAGGGAAAGGAGAUGAGAAGCAUUUGCUUCCUGUUUCAGCUAACCCCAUUUUAUUAAUAUUUCCAAACAGGAACAUAUUUUUGUUAGUUUAAUUAAGGUUUGUCUGAACAAACCAGCCUCAAACUGGUUUACGAUCCUGGCUUGUUCAGAUAAACAGUAGUAAGUACUAACUGCAGUUCCCAGUUUGGACAUAAAAUUGAGCAGUUGAAAAUGGAAGCAAAUGCUUAUUGUGGAAGCAAAUGCUUAUUGUGGCCAUGCAGGAUGAAGUAAAUGAAGAGAGAUUGCCACCAUCACUCUAAACGAUUAUUUACAGUUACCGUAUGUCCAAAUGAGGUAAAUCUAGUGCCCCAGUGGUUUUUGUUGCAAAAGUUUGGUUGAAGUUACAUACCAUUUUCAUGUUCCACAUUUCAGCUAUCUAUUGUCUGUUUUGCAUUCUCACCUAUUCAUUUAUACUCCAUUGGACCACGAACCCAAAUAUGAAGUCCUGAGUUAUUAUUUUAGGAGUUAUCCAUGUCUGCCACAUUUUCCAUUCAAAUAAACCUACUACCCAUAAGAAGGAUGCCCGGUAAACCAGUUAAAGAUACAUCUAAGAUACCAUAACACCUCUUGUUCUGAACCAAGUUUUUGGUAGUGAUGUUUGAGCUUUGGCUUCUCUGUGCUGACAGUGAAAGUGUUUUCAACAGCUCAGCAACAGUUGCUAGCACUUGGUUAUGUCUGAUUUACACAGCAGGCAACCUUCUAUAACCAGUACCAGAAGACUUCAUCUGUUAAGAUCCUGUGGCCUAGGGCAGUGUUUUUCAACCACUGUUCCGCGGCACACUAGUGUGCCGCGAGAUGUUGCCUGGUGUGCCGUGGGAAAAAUUAAAAAAUUAGAUUUAUAUAUAGUCAAUAUAGGCACAGAGUUACUUUUUUUAACAUUUUCUAAUGGUGGUGUGCCUCGUGAUUUUUUUCAUGAAACAAGUGUGCCUUUGCCCAAAAAAGGUUGAAAAACACUGGCCCAGGGGUUUAGAAUCAUUGUCCUAGGAAGUACAAAACAAAUGUCAAUGAUCUGUAAUGCUGGCCACGAAUGCUGCAAGCAAUAGGUUAUUAUUAUGUAUUAAAUUUCUAUACCGCCCUUCACCAAAAUAUCACAGGGCAGCUUAAAAAAUAAUGCACAAAAAACCCAUAGUAACAAACAAUACCCCCACAGUUUAAAAGGCCAUUGAUAAUUUUAUUAGCCAAGUGCUUGGGAGAAGAGGAAUGUUUUUACCUAGCGCCUAAAGAUAUGUAACAAAGGCGCCAGGUGAGCCUCCUUGGGGAGAGCAUUCCACAAGCAGGGAGCCACUGCAGAAAAGGCCCAUUCUUGUGUUGCAUAUGAAGAAAGACCUCAGAUUAUGAUCACAGGUCUGGGUGCCACCUCAUGGUCAGGGCUGAGAUUAAAAGCAGAAUGCAGGAGGGAUGCUUAUGAAGUGUGAUGAUGAAUAUGUCACAUCUAAGUCCAUUAAAAAAAACUUGAUUGGUCUGUGUUACUCAGACUGAGUUGCAAAAUACAGUUUGGGGACUUAAAAAUGAAUUUUUAGUUUCCAUAGAUAGGGAACAGUACAGUUGCUUUUAUCUUUUCUUCUUUUGCUUUGCUAACUUCUCACUUUUCCUUGCACUUUUGCAAAUACGAAUCUGUUGUUGGAUUUGUUGAAAUUCUGACUUGUUCAGAAUAAACUUCUAGAUGGAGAAAGGAAUUUGACCCUGAGCUGGGAGAUUACUUUCCCCCCCCCCCGAGAAAGCAGUCUCGUGUCAGCUGUUCCACGGUAACCUCAGAAAAGAUAAAGAGUCAGAGACAGCAAGAUGGAAUAUAAACUUUAUCUGUGAACAUGACUGACAUAUAAAUAUUAGCAAGGGAAGCAACCAUAAAGUUACUUCACUUGUUCCUAGAAUGUCUUAAGGAAACUGCCUUUGUUUUUCUGCCAGUGUGCAGAUGAUAACUUUGUAGAGACCUGAAGGUAGCAUUGUGCAGCCCUCAUUACUUACUGUUCAAACAUUCAUUUCCCCUUUGUCCCGCCAUAUUUUCAGUCAAACCAGUUUUGCAAGUUUAUGCAGCAUUUCAAGCAGUGCCUUAAAGAAAAAAUGAAACUACUUCGCAGCAGUGUGUGGUCAGCAGUGCUGAAGUAGAUGUGUGUAAAAGCUGUUGUGGGCACCUGUUAGCUAGCACUUAUCACAUAAAUAAUGAUGAGUAACAUAAGGAGAGUUCUCAUUACAAGCAGAAACACUUCUGCUCUCAGUGCAGGCACAGCUUCCUACCAAUAACAUCCUUUAUGAGAUGCCACUCUGGAGGGCCUCCCAAAUUUUGUGAAGAACUUUUAGGAGGUGUGUGUGGGGGGGUGCUGCUUCUUAGAGGAGGCAGCUUGGAACCUCUUGCCCACAAGUAGAAUGACCACAUGCCCUGGUCUGGAUCCUUCCCAAUAUUACCUUUCCUCUACUUUUAUUUUAUUUUAUUUUUACAGUAAGAUCACAUCUUGCGUGGGCGUUACAGUCUGGAGAUUGCGCCUAAAGCCAAAAUCAUGUAUAAUCAAAACACAUUGGGUUAAAUGACAGGUAGGAUUGCACAAGUCAUUUCCCCCAGAAUCUCUCCCCCCUUUUUAUUUUUAUUCCCCCCCCACACACAUGCAUAAAGCUGAAUGCGCACAAUUUAAAUGUACACACACUGUGGGCUUACUAUAUAUUGCAUGCAUCUGUUCCUUUGUUCUAGUACCUAUGCAGCACUCACAGCAGCUUACAACAAAUUAAAAUCGCAAUGCCAUAAAAUAAAAUAAAAUGCAACAAUAAAAUGCACAAAAUUUGAAAGUGACAACAGCAGAGAUUGCAAAUGACCUUAGCAAGCUAGCUUGCCAGAAUAAAAAUCUUAGCCAGAGGAGGACAUGCAGAGCGGGGGGUGGGGGACACCCAUGCUUCAUGGGGCAAGGUGUCCCACAAUAUGGGCCAGGUACUGAAAAGACCCUUGACAUCAGCAGGGCCUCCACCUUAGGUGGGAGAUGAAGAAGGGCAUGUGCACUGAAGGUGAAUGAGGCAAUCCAGGCUAUCCAGUUCCACCGAGAAAUGCUCUGCCAUUUCCAUUCUCCUGUAUUUUAAUUCUGCUUUUAUUUCAUCUUUUCUAGUAAAACCCACUACUAAUCCAGAAUCUGCUUGUGAAUUUGUAUGGUCAGCUGUUAGCACACCAUUUACUUGCGUAGAACCAGGGGAGCAGCUGCAUUUAGAAAACAGGAAAACAGAUGUAUCUGGCUUUUCCACAGACACAGCCAGUCUUCCCUUUUUUCUUCCCCAUUAUGUUUGUACAGUUCUCAAGCUACAGGUACUGGAUCGGGGUUUGUACCAUGGUAGCAAAGAGGGGAAAUCUCUGCAUUUCUUUCCCAAAAAACUAUAACAUUGGGGUGGCCUAUAAAGUGAACAGGAGUGGGGGAAAGAAUCCAGGUACUACAAUUGAUUGAUAUUUCUUGAAACAUAAAGCCCCAAAUGAGUGCAAAUUUGAACUGAAUACUGAUUUCACACAUGCUAUUUAAAGAACUUUUGCAUGUCUCAUCCACUGUUGGCAUGCCUUGUGAAAACAGAAAUUCAGUUUAAAUGUAUUUGUAUCAUCUUUUUAAAUCCGCCAGUAGCUAUGUGAUUUUUAUGUCACCUGUGAAUAAGAGUUCUGUCUGUGACAACAGUGCUUGCAAUUGCUUUGCAUUGCUAGGAACAGUAGCUAAUACGGAAAGACAAUAUUACACAGUUUUAUGGGAUUCUGUCAAUCUAGACCAGCUAUGAACAGACAUCAAGGUUAAAUGUAGUGGGGUGCAUUCAAAUUGAAAGCAUAACUUUUACACGAUAGUAAGUGAAGCAGCAAAUUUUCCCAAGUGAUAUUAAAGUGCUUUGUCAUAUAUAUAUGUUUUUGACCUUGUAGUAACAAACUCCCCAGCCCUAUAAGUAUUAAUGGGAUCUAUGUACUGAUUUUUAUUUUAUUUUUUACAAAAAUAAGCAGCUUCCUUUACGCUUCUUGCUGUUUAUAAAUACUUGACAGUCUCUUGGGGAGCUCAAGGCUGACAAAUUGUUCAUAGGGCUGUUUUCAAGCAGGAUGUGAGUAAAGAGGAAACAGCUAUAGUUAUCAGUCCCUAUCACACUCCAGUGUUGGCUGCUUGCAAAAGAAUGCUGCAUCAGGAUAGCUAUAUUUAGCAGAUGCACUGAGACCACCUCUAUCUCUUGGUAUGUGUCUGUGUAUUUCAAGCUAAUCUAAAACCCAGCCACUGUAUCAUUAAGUUAUUUUUCUGUCUGUUGUGGUCAAUGUGACAUCUAUUCUGAUAAAAGGACAUUUCACUGCAUGCUUGGCCAAAGUCUCUGCUUCAUUUUGAGAGUUUUCAGGGCAGCUGAAAAAUGUUGGGAAAGACCUGGAGACAACAAUGGGUCAUUACUCCAUGUCGGAAACUCAUCUUGUGUGCAGAUAAUAGAAAAGAAAUGGAGGACUGGAUUGCAGCACUGAAGACUGUACAGAAUCGUGAACAUUUUGAGUCUACACAGUACAGUAUGGACCAUUUCUCAGGGAUGCAUAACUGGUACGCCUGUUCACAUGCUCGGCCAACAUACUGCAAUGUGUGUCGGGAGGCACUAUCUGGAGUCACGUCCCACGGACUCUCCUGCGAAGUCUGCAAAUUUAAAGCCCACAAGAGGUGUGCUGUCCGGGCAACUAAUAACUGCAAAUGGACAACGCUAGCAUCUAUUGGGAAGGACAUCAUUGAGGAUGAAGACGGGAUUUCAAUGCCACACCAGUGGCUUGAAGGAAACCUGCCUGUGAGUGCCAAAUGCACAGUGUGUGAUAAAACAUGUGGCAGUGUACUGCGCUUGCAAGACUGGCGCUGUCUCUGGUGCAAAGCAAUGGUACAUACCUCAUGCAGAGACUUGUUACCAACCAAAUGCCCGCUUGGCCUUUGCAAAGUUUCUGUCAUCCCUCCUACAGCUCUCAACAGCAUUGAUUCAGAUGGGUUCUGGAAAGCCACUUGUCCCCCUUCUUGCACAAGCCCUUUGCUGGUCUUUGUUAACUCAAAAAGUGGAGACAACCAGGGAGUAAAGUUCCUACGAAGAUUCAAACAACUGUUGAAUCCUGCACAGGUCUUUGAUCUUAUGAACGGAGGACCUCACCUCGGUUUACGUUUAUUCCAGAAAUUCGACACCUUCCGAAUUCUGGUGUGUGGUGGGGAUGGAAGUGUUGGAUGGGUUCUCUCUGAAAUUGACAGCCUUAGUCUCCAUAAACAGUGCCAGUUGGGAGUGUUGCCCUUGGGCACAGGCAAUGAUCUUGCCCGUGUGCUAGGCUGGGGAUCUGCUUGUGAUGAUGACACACAACUUCCUCAGAUACUGGAAAAGCUGGAAAGGGCCAGUACCAAAAUGCUUGACAGGUGGAGCAUUAUGGUGUAUGAAACAAAACUUCCUCGGCAAGCAUCUGCUUCUACAGUCACUGAAGAUUUCAGUGAAGAUUCUGAGGUAGUGCAGCAGAUUCUCUUCUAUGAAGAUUCUGUGGCUGCUCAUUUAUCCAAAAUCCUGACAUCCGACCAACACUCAGUGGUCAUUUCAUCAGCCAAGGUGCUCUGUGAGACUGUGAAGGAUUUUGUGGCUCGAGUAGGGAAAGCCUAUGAGAAAGCACCAGAAAGCUCUGAGGAGUCAGAUGUCAUGGCCAGAAAGUGUUCUGUUUUGAAAGAGAAGCUCGACUCCCUUCUUAAAACACUGAAUGAAGAAUCUCAAGCUUUGUCAUCUUUGCCAAACCCACCUCCUACCAUAGCAGAAGAGACAGAAGAUGGCGAUGGUUCAGGCAGUACUUGUGAUUCUGCUAGUGAGCGUUCAGUAGGCUCCUCUUGCACUGCCCGCCCUCAGAUAUUCCGUCCACGUGAGCAAUUGAUGUUGAGAGCCAACAGUCUGAAAAAAGCUAUUCGUCAGAUUAUAGAGCAUGCAGAAAAAGCUGUAGAUGAACAGAACGCUCAAACCCAAGAGCAGGAGAGCUUCCUCUUGGGUCUCUCUACCGCUGAAGAGGGAAAGGACUUGAGGAAUGAAAAUAAAAUCUGCUUACAGUCUUCACACACUGGCAACUAUGGAUUUCCAAAAGGGAGGAGCCACCGGAAAGUUAUCAAGUCUCCUUGUGAAAGAUUAAUAAGUAAAGGAACUUUAUCAGUGGGAAGCUCUGCCUCUCUUCCUCCCCAGGCAGGAAAUCGGGAUAAUCUGCCAAUGCUGAAUGCAAAGAUCAUCUACCCCAAUAUCCGUGCUGGGGCGUCUGGUUCUCUACCUGGAGGUUCUGUCAUCAGCCGGUUGUUGAUCAAUGCAGACCCGUUUAACUCUGAGCCAGAAAAUCUUGAUUGUUACGUAGAGAAAUGUGUGAUGAAUAACUAUUUUGGAAUCGGACUGGAUGCAAAGAUCUCUUUGGACUUCAACAACAAGCGUGACGAGCAUCCAGAAAAGUGCAGAAGUCGUACGAAGAACAUGAUGUGGUACGGAGUUCUUGGAACAAAGGAGCUGCUACACAGAACUUACAAAAACUUAGAACAAAAAGUUUUGCUAGAGUGUGAUGGACGUCCAAUUCCUUUGCCCAGUCUUCAGGGAAUUGCCGUACUCAACAUUCCCAGCUAUGCAGGAGGCACCAACUUCUGGGGGGGCACUAAGGAAGAUGAUACAUUUACAGCUCCUUCUUUCGACGACAAGAUCCUGGAAGUGGUAGCAGUGUUUGGUAGUAUGCAAAUGGCUGUCUCACGUGUGAUUAACCUACAGCAUCACCGAAUUGCCCAGUGCCGGACAGUGAAGAUAGCAAUCUUGGGAGACGAAGGAGUUCCUGUCCAAGUUGAUGGAGAGGCCUGGAUCCAACCUCCAGGAUAUAUUUGGAUUGUUCAUAAAAACAGGGCACAGACACUAACCAGAGAUAGGGCAUUUGAGAGCACCCUAAAGUCUUGGGAAGACAAACAAAAAUGUGAGCUGCCCCGCCCUGCUUCUUUCUCCCUGCAUCCAGAGAUUAUAUCUGAAGAGGAGUCCACCCAGAUCAAUCAGUUUUGCCAAGCAGCGGGCACUCUGAUUCACAGCAUUCGGGAAAUAGCCCAGUCAUACCAGGACAUGGAACAAGAACUUGCUCAUGCAGUCAAUGCUAGCUCCAAGUCUAUGGAUAAAGUAUAUGCCAAGUCCAAAUCUACAGAGGGCCUGAACUGCAACCUUGUUGUAGAGAUGGUGAAUAAUAUUAAAGCCCUGCAUAAUGAAACAGAACUGCUCCUGGCUGGCAAAAUGGCCCUGCAGUUGGAUCCCCCGCAGAAGGAGCAGCUCUUAGCAGCGCUGGCAGAAAUGGACUUUCAUAUGAGGAAGCUAGCAGACAUUCCUUGGCUGUGGCAGCUAAUGGAACCCAGUGAUGAAGAGAACCAAAUGCUGGAUUAUUCCAAACGCAGCCGGAGCGGCAAAUUUCGUCUGGUGACAAAGUUUAAAAAGGAGAAGAACAACAAGAAUAAAGAAACUCGUAGCAGUUUGGGAUUGCCGGUUCACCUCUGGGGAACGGAGGAGGUUGCGGCCUGGCUUGAGCACCUCAGUCUUUGUGAGUAUAAGGAUAUCUUCAUCCGGCAUGACGUCCGGGGCUCUGAGCUCCUGCAUCUUGAACGGAGAGACCUCAAGGACCUAGGAGUGACCAAAGUGGGCCACAUGAAGAGGAUAUUACAUGGGAUCAAGGAUCUGAGCAGGAAUAUUCCUGCCAGCGAGGCUUAACUUCUGUUUUCAGAGCCUGUAUCUACCAUUCCCCCUGAUGUCUGCAAAACUGACACCUCACAGAGCAGACCUGAUCAGAAUCGUCUCAAGGGAUCAGCCAAACGCUAACAGUGUUCAGAGCCUAUAUCCAACUUCUCUUGGUGCUACCAUUCUGAUGUGGGGUACACCACAAUCCACUCAAGUGGUACCUUGUAUUCAAAGCCAGUGUUACUUUGUCCUUAACAACCACCUCCUCACCACCUUUACUCAGGCCUGGGCACACUCACUGCAUGCUAGACUUCAUUCAGCCAACCCGUGGACCGUGGACCAAAAACUUUUUGUGGACAGUCACACAAGCAAAUGUUACCCUAUGAUCUAAGGAUUGCGCCAGAUAUUAAGAACUAUGAAAGCACUCGUGCAUGCAAGAUGUUAAAAUUCAGCUGUUGAGAAGAUUGAAAGCUAACUGUUUGGGACAACCUCAAAUUAGGAAGAUUCUUUUUCAGUCUGUGCUCUUUCAGUGGUGUCAGAUACAGUGGCGUGAUGAUAUAUCAGUGCAGAGUCUUUUUUUUCUAUUCCAAGGAUAUAAGUUAUCUUUAAAUGAAAAUUUUCUCAGUUUCCUGUGUUUCUGCUCUGUAAUGCUUGUGAAUGGCAAAGGAGUGGGAUUGCAUGUUGUUCUGGCUUAAAACAUCAAGUGCCUAGAAAUACUGAAUAAUCUCAGAAGUACAUCCAACAUGGGAGAAUAUACUAAUUCCUUAUGACAUUGCUUUGCCUCUGAUUCUACUAAGUUUUUAAAACAUAUAAUAGGAUUCUCACUUCUGGAAACAAUGAAGGAAGUUUCUGUGCAUAGAUUUAGGCAGGGUAAAAUAAGAUUUUUUUUUCAUCACUGUUUCCUGGACUUUGCAAAGCCAGUGUAUCGUUGCUUAAGAUAUACAGUACAUAACAUUUUCUCUGUUUUAGGAGAACCACUGCCAAAUUCUGAUUUAGAGCCACUGAAUUUUAGAGAUUUCCCCCUUAUGUGGUUAUUUUAUCAUUCCAUCAAGUUUUGCUUCUUUUUGGCCAUUUCUUUAACAGUACAGGAGAACUUUGACUAUAGCUUUCUAUAAAGAAGACAAACUUGUAAUACUAUUUACAGAGGAAAUCUUGAACCUGGGUCCUACAUCUCUGGCUCUGUUCCAUUACCACAGUUUUGCAGAUAUAGUUUGCCUUAAUGGUGUAGAUUACUCCCCCUGUACUGAAUCUGGAGGAUUGUAAAUUGCAAGGCACACAGGUAUUCACUCACCAGAAAACUCACUCUCCCAGUGCUUUCAUUUUCUAUUAUUGCUAAUGUAGGUUUGAAAUUGCCACCAUCAAACAGAAGAGAGUAAAAAAUCCUGCACUUUAUUAUUGGUGAUAACCACAUGGAAGCCUCUUUCAUUUCCUGGUGAACUUCUCAGGGAGCAAAACCAUCGUAUGAUAACUUGCGAGAAAGAUGCAGCAAAACAAAUGGAUAUUUUCUAUUCUUUUGUUGUGGAUGAACUACAGUGCUUGUUUCUGUGCUUCUCCUAGAAAUCUCAUGUAGAAGCAAAGACACUCUCAUUAUUAGCUCCUGAGUAGAUAAAUGGCCUAAGAGGACCAGCUUGGCUAUACUCUCUUGACUCGGAUGCAGUCUGUAUUGCAGCCAAGUGUCAUCACCCUUUGAUAAGAGCUAUAUUUGCAAGGAGUUCUGGAUUGCAUCAUUGCAGUGCUCUCAAGGAAUUAACUUUCUGCACUUGUAUUGCCCCUUCAGCACAUGCAUUUCUUUGUAAGGAUCGUUUCAUAUUUUGGGUCUAAGGGUCAGAAACUUCCAAGACACAGUCUAACUGUAUUAAUUGCAACUGGAAACAUGGUGGUCUCUUUGUGCAAAACAGGAGUCCUGGAUCCCAGACAUUUUAUAAAAAUGUCAGUGCAUCAGGUUGGCAAAACGAGUAACUAUGAAAAGUUGUGCCUCUGGUAUCUAGAGAGAUUGUAUCUAUUGGAAGAUGUGUCUGCUAGCUAAGCAAAUGCUAUGGAGGAAAGGCACACUGUUCACAAUGGCAUGGCAAGCUAGACAUCUCACCUGUGAGAAUUCAGAACUUCCAUUAUAUAGUUUAUGAUUCUGUAAACGAUGACACUUAAGCCGUAAGGUGACCCUACUAUCUGGUCAUCAGACAUUUUACAUCUUUGAAAUAUUUUGAGUUGGAAACAAGACUUGGAGGAAAAAUACAAAACUUAGGGUGUUUAAUGCCUAUUUUGCUUGGCGCCACACUGGAAUCAUACCUGCUAGUGUUUUGUAUUGGGUCCAUUAAAUUUCAUUAAGGGUAUAUUGAAUAUAUGUAAAAGAAUUUAUUCAAGAAAGUGCUAAUCCUGAAGUCCUUUGGGGAAAAAGGGAUUGUAUCUUAAUAGCAUGGUUCAGUAUGUUUUUUUUAAAGCUGACAUUUCUUUUUAGUGCCCAAAAUAUCCAUCUUUAGCUCAGUGCAGCUAUUAAACACUAGACUUAUGUCCAGUAAAAGCCUAUGCAUAUUUACUCUAGAAAUAAGUCCUGCUCAAUCGGAUGGUUCUUCCAAGUAAAUGUGCAUAGGAUGACUGUAGCCAAAGUUAUUUAUUCUGUUUAAUCUUAGUGGGAUAUAUUCACAUUUUCAGUCCAUGGACACUCAAGAAAUAUUAAUUCCACUAGAUUUUGCAUCUCUGAUAGAAACUGUAAAGAGGCACUUAGUGCCAGUAUCUCUUGAAAAGAAAAGCUCUGACCACCUAUAUCAUAUUAAAAUUGUUUUUUGAGUAUUAUUUAAAGGUGAAUAUAGUAUGUGUGGUAAAUUAAAUACUGUUUACACAAAACUCCUUGUAUCUUAACAGAUAUUUGUGAUGUAAAAAGAAGAAGAAAAGAAAGAAAAAUGUUUUUAUAAGUCAUUUGAUGUCUGUAUUGUUGUCCACUGAUGACUGUUCCCUCAGGGGUGUUGUAACCAUUCCGGUGAUCUGUCAAAAGCAUAGGGAGGCAUUUCAAUCCUGUACAGUCUUGGGAAGAAGGUUUCGUGCCUUAAGAAUAGAACGUGCUAUUUAUUAUUUUAAUUUAUACAGUGAUUACCAUGGAGACACCUCUUGUAUGUACAUAUUUUGCAGCUGAUUGUUGUAAAUAUAUUGUUCUUGUAUAUAAAGAAAAUCCUGUUUCGAA